UCAAUUGACGCAAGACGAGGUUGUUUUUCUCACUGGGGCUUCUUUUCUCGUCGUCCCCAGAACACAACCCAAGUUCCAACCGCUUUUGUCCCACUCUCUUCUGAGUCGGAGCUCGUUCCACGUUUCGCCGGAAAGGUCGUGCUCUUUUUGUGCUCCUUUCUUGACCCAUCAGAGAUGGGGCGAGUGUUCGCUUGGUUUCGAUGUUACAGAACGAUGAUGUCUGCGAUUUUUCUUGAUAGAGUUUCUGGGAACCAUUGAGUUUUUUUCUUCAUCCUAUAGACUGAUUUUUUCAACUGAUUGGAUUAUGGGGAAGCUGGCGAUGGGUGAGCAAAAUCCCACUUCAUGGAAAUACACAUGGAAGAUCACCAACUUCAGUAGCUUGACUCAAAAGAAAUACUACUGUGAAGUGUUCAUGAUUGGCGGCAAUGCCUGGCGAAUACUCAUUUUCCCCAAGGGGAACGAGGUAGAGUGCUUGUCGAUAUACUUGGACGCCCCUGAUUCCACAAGGCUACCAGCAGGGUGGAGCAGAAGCACCCGUUUCAGAUUGAUUCUGGUCGAUCAGGACGAUUAUGGCUGUUCUAAGAUUAAGGAGACGGAGCAUAAUUUCAGUGCAGGAGACAGUGACUGGGGCUUCGCAUCCUUCAUUUCAUUGAGUGAAGUCUAUGAUGGCUUUCGUAACGGGUAUUUGGUGAACAACACUUUGACGGUUGUAGCUGAGAUUUUGGCCCCCCAACCCCCGGCUGAAAAUACUCGUUUGGCUGAACCUCCUGCAAAUGUUCCUCAGGCAACACCAACAGAUACGUUCGACAUCUAUUUCACAAAUCUUGAGAAAAUUAUUAACACUGCUCAGAGUUCUCCUGCCAGAGGAGGGUCGAACGCGCACGAUCAAAAGAGUGCUCUUUCUACUUCUGAGGCUCCAACCUUGGAAGAAGUAGAGAAGGCUAAGCAGUCUUUGAAGGAGUGCCUCUCUGAUAUCUUCAAGCUAAAUAUAAAAGACAGAUUGGCUGAAGCAAUGUCGGCAUUAAGCACAGCCAAAAGCGGGUUAUCACUGGACCAGCAAAAAUCAGUGGAGGCCUUUUGGGCCAACUUCGAUGAGUUCACUUCCGACUUUUUGAUCUUUGAGCUGGACAAUGCCAAAUUCGAGCUGGAGAAAUUCCUGAAGGAUCAAACGCUCGCAACAAUGAAGAAGAAUCACGAGACUCAUGUCUCGAAUAAGCAGUUGCUUGGUCACCUGAUCCAGGAGCAGGAAGAGCUCAACAAAAAACUUGAGGACGUGAAGUCCAGAAGAGAAAAACUCAUGUCAGACUGGGAGAUUUUGAUGGUCGAGUCGGAAGAAGCGAAAUCUGGGCACAAGGAUCUGGAGAAGAAAGUAGCAGAGGCUGAGGAAAAGAAGAGAAUAGCCGAGGAAAGAAUGUCUAGAUCAACCACUGCUUGGUCAAAUUUGAAGACUCAAUUCUGUUAAAUACCCGUGCCUUCGAGGUACAGUCACCUUCGGACAAUCUUUUUACAGAGUUACCACAUCUGUUGUGUUCUUAAACACUUCGAAUUUCACUUUCCUUUUGUUUUUCCUUUGGUUAUUACAUCAGAGGUUUGAAGAUUACAAUCAUUCCUAAUUGUAAGCCUAUUGCUGCUUCGCGUUGGCCUGCAUAAUUGUAUGCAAAUGAUAACCUAUCUAUGCCUUCAUUUUCUUUUUCA